AUGAGCCUACUAGUUGGUAGAAAGGAUACACAAAUUUCUCGAGAAAAUGCUGAAUUGGCCAUACAAGCUGGAGCUGCUGGAAUUGUUGUUUCCAAUCAUGGUGCUCGUCAACUUGAUUAUUCUCCGGCAACUAUUACUGUUCUUGAAGAGGUUGUCCAUACUGUACGAGGAAGAGUCCCUGUACUAGUUGAUGGUGGCAUUCGUCGUGGUACAGAUGUGCUCAAAGCAUUGGCUCUAGGAGCACAAGCAGUUCUGGUGGGAAGGCCAAUAAUAUAUGGUCUUGCAGUGGAUGGGCAAAGUGGUGUUAAGAAAGUGUUAGAUAUGCUUAAUGACGAGCUUGAAUUGGCCAUGUCUCUCACUGGUUGUCCUUCUCUCAAAGAUAUCUCUAGAUCUCAUGUCCAAACACAUUAUUAA